AUGGAAGUGUUCCUAGGUCAAGCGAAGACGAUGCCUGACGUCCCUGUACCUGACCAAAAACUCCUGGUCACAAAUCUUCCAGCAGAGGUGAUAGAUGAGAUCUGCUCUUACCUGUUUCAAGGGGACACUUUCAAUGUCAGCGUCUUGCGCCGCACAACAUCUAAGCCAAGUCGACGUCUCUUAUGUGGCUUCCCGAGCGCAAUCUCGAAUCUCAACAGCCUCAUGCAUGCUAAUAGCCUUCUGCGAGAGCGCACACGAGCAUACGUCAGCCGAAAAGCAAGAUUCUACGCCAACACAGAAGAGUUCGAUGAUCUUCCCACAGCAUUCGGAUCGGCCAAUGCCAGCUUGAUCCGAUAUCUCAACCUACAGUGCUUCAACGCGGCUAAAAGAUAUGGUAAAUUCGUCUGGCCAAGAUUGCAUGGCAUGAUCAGACUACAUCUUCCAAACCUUGAGAAGUUGGAGUUGUGGUCGUACUCAUACAACAACUACUAUCUGGAGUCAGGCACUGAGCCGGCAUACAUGACAACGCGACAGCAGGAGGAUCAUUGUUGUCUGAUGAAGUUUGCCGCUUUUUUGAAGCAUCCGAACCUCAAGCGAAUCGUUGCUCCUGCUAGAUAUCGACCAUACUUCGAAGUGGACGGAGGACAAGCACGAAGUAAAAUUAUCCUGGACGCUGGAUAUCAACAUCGCAACUGGGAGGGUCAGCUGAGACGUCCUAAUGCAACAGACACUGAACCAGAAGUGCUCGUGAAGGACCAAGUCUUGAAUGCUACGUUGAUCAGACAGAUCAAGCGGGUGGAUCUCCCCCGAACACCCUUUGAAACCCUUGUCCUUGAACCACCCACGGGUCAAACAGAAGACGUCAUUACUACAUCCGAGGUUCCGUCACAGGUUAGCAUUUACACCUUUCUCGAAGAACGAGCCUAUAAGACCAAAGACGAGCAUGCUCAACGAGGCUGGGCUUGGCGUGAUAACGACGAGCUGAUCGUCUUCUGUGAGCAGAUGAAUGGUGUGUCUGAUCUAGACAAGGCAGGCCUGGUUCAGACUAUCGUGAGCGACAGAGACCAGUCGUACACUGAGAAGUGUGAAUCAGACGAGAAGCAGAAAGACGCCGACUACAGAAUCCGGUCGUUGGAAUUGACCCUGGAAUACACUCAGGAGAGGUCGGACAGACUAGAGGAGCAGCUCGAACGAGCCCAGCAAGAGAACGACGAAAUAAACGGUAUGUACAACGAGCUAUAUAACGAGAAGGAAAAUCUCGGGUACGAGAACGAGUUGCUGCAACGCAAGAUGCGACAACUCGAACGUGUGGUGCAUCGGCUCGGGCGCGAGAAGGAGGACUGGGUGGAUGUCUGUGAUGCGCUUGAGAUGUUAUAUGGUGGAUAA